AUAAAUGGUGAUAACUGAGAUAGCUACCAUAUUAAAUUUAAUGCAAAACAUUAAUUAAUAUCGAGUUUAUCCGUAUUCUAAAAAAUAGUAAUUUAAUUCUUCAACGUAUAGAAAAUUUGCAUUCUCUAUACGUAGAGUAUCGAUGUUAGCGCCCCUAUCGAUGAGAAAGCGAGACUAAAGCGUUUCUUGGAAAUAAGAGUUCUCGGAAAGAAUUGAUAUGUAGAGUUGUGUAUAUUUGUGUAAAGUUUUCAGUGUGCACAUGUAUUAUUUAACUUGACUAAUUGAUUUUCAUCCUUAUCAAUUGCUCGUUUAUUAAAUUAUAUUGAUAACUUGCUAUUUUUAUACCGAUAAUAUUGAUAGGACAUAUGAUAUAUAUUAAUAGGUUAUAGAAUUCGAUUUUGUUUAAUCUCGUUAUGCGUUUCAUUCAAUUUUUCAAGUAAUUCAUAAAUGUAAUAUUUGAACGUAAAAAAUAAGAUAAAUAAAUAGCUCUAAAGCAAGUAAAUAUGGAGUAUGAAAAGAUAACCUCCAAAAGUAAAGAUGUAAAUUUGAAAAAAAAGGAAUGGCCAGGUAUUCGGACGUAUGAAAAUUUUGUAACGCGAAUCGAACCAAAUUUGCUUAUCAUAGAGAUAGGGCGAUUAAUACCGUAUAUAAAAGGAGAAAAUAUUAAAUUUUUUCCUCUUAAUAUGCCGUCUAUUGAAAUAGGAUUUAUACAUAUUAUUGGUAUUAUUCUAGAAGUUUCUAAUUUCGGAAAUUAUUACGAAUUCCAAGUCGACGAUGGUACAGGAAUAUUAAGUGUAAUGUAUAAUGCAAAACGCUACUUUUCUGAAAAAACGAAACGCGUUAAAGCUCAGAAUUCAAAUAAUGAUCAAAAAAGUACAGAGAAAAUUCAGAAAAUUGAUGAUUUACAACCUGGUAAAUACGUGCACCUGGGAGGAUUCUUAUCGUUGAAUAAUUAUAAAAAAACUACUUCUAUCGACUUUAAGAAUAAAGAUCUUUCAGAAAAUUUUUGGUGCAGUCAACCGCUGUUACAUGUUAUCAAUUUACAAUUCAUUAGCGAAAAAGAAUAUUACAAAAAAAUGUAUGCCUGGUUUGGAAGUGGAGAAAGCAGAUAUACUUGAAUGAUAUCAGUCUUAAGUAAUGUCUUUAUAACGCCUAAUAUAUCUUAAAUUACAUGUUAUAUUUUAUAUCAUUUUGUACGUUGUAUGAAACAUUAUGCGUCGAAUUGCAAUAUUUGUAAUAUUAAAAGCCCUUUUUUUUACGGAUGUCACGGUGUAAUUUAAUUGUGCAUUUCGGUGUGUGCACAUAUAUAUUUACACGGAUAGCAUUGCAGAUAUAUCGGAUGAAUCAUUGACGAAUCACUUUGUAGGCAUGUAACUUGAUGAAACUACUGUAAACCAUUGACAAACUACUGUAUAGAUGGUGCUUCCUGUGCAAGUUACAAAUUUUUUAGUCAAGGUAUCAAUUAUAUGAUAAUAAUUGAUAUAUUGAUAAUAUUAAAAUUGAAUUUCAAUUCGA